CGUGUCCAGAGGUUAGGGCGCCUUGUCGCAGUACGCUUGACACAGCGACAAAAUAAGUACUCUGCAAUUAGUAACACUAAGUUACUGAAGGCUCUAUUUGUCACGUCCUGCGGCGACCAUAUAAGGAAAAGUAGCAUGACUACCUUCCGCAUCGAGGCACUCGUUCUUGUGGUCACGUCCGUGAUUGCGAAUUGUCCAUGUGGGAAUGCCAAAGUAUCUUGCAAGAAUGCUAAAAACAAGGACGUCGACUGGUUUGUUGUGUACAAGAUACCAAAAACCAAGCCUGAUUCCCGUAGUUUUAUGCGACCCCUGGGUGGUGAAAUGGCGUAUUAUGAUAGCCAAUCAAAAACACCAAGAUGGACCCUCUUGCCUGAUGAUAUAAACAACAAAACCAAUAAUCCAAUAAAAAAUACUCUGGCGCCCAUAUAUGAGAAGCAAUCAAAGAUAGCGUACCUGGCUUACAACGACCAGCUGCCACACAAAUUCAAUGGCACAAGAGGUGGACACACGAAGGGUGUCCUGCUGGCGGGAACGAAAAUGGACUUGGGCAGCGUAUGGCUGCAACAUAGCGUGCCGAGGUUCGUAGAAGACGUCAGCAAGGGCUAUAUGUACCCUAAAAAUGGUCGAGAGAAUGGACAACUAUUCUUCUGCAUCACGUUUCCUCUCCCAACGGUGGAAAAAAUUUCAUACCAUCUUCAGCUGCAGGGUGCGAACGUUUACCAGGCACGCCACCUGGCAUGGACGGAUAGCUUCCCGGAAUUUUCUAAUCUGCUGAAGAAGAAAUACACGAAGGGUCUUAGCGGUAUAAAAGUCGACGUUCUGAUGACUCGGAAAGGCAGACCAGUUUUAGCUAUUGCCAAGUCACCUCGAUGGAUGAGAGAUAUUUAUACAGAGGAGCUCAGCGGUCAUGUACAAGACAGUAUUACCGUUCAGACCUGGAAAAACGGCGCCGGUGGCGCACAAGACAUGCACUGUAAAGGCCAAUACAAGAUCACUGAUGUUGUGGAUGUUGCCGUGCGCACCCAAAAUGGAGCUCUGUAUUUUUCAAGCCGCGAGGACCACAGCAAGUGGUCAGUCGCACGACAUAAGGCAGUAUUCUGUUUUUCCUCCCUGAACCGCAUGGUUUCCCAGUGGAGACGAGGAGGCGAGAUUACGUGUAUUUAUGACAUGCCGCUGGCUAAACUGUUCAGAGAGAGCAUCUCCAAGCGAAACGUGUGCAAAGGAGAGACCGCACAGUAGAAGAGGUGCAUAUAAAUUCGCGAAUCCAAACAAGGCAACGACCUAAUGCACCACGAAAACCACGAGAUAUAAUAUAGAUAGUCCACUGACCCUAGUUUUUCAGCGAAAACUUUCGGAGUUUAAGAAUGACCACGACAGACAGCCCUGCCGACGCGUCUUGUUUUGAGAUGAGCCCAUACCGAAUAAAAUACAUUCAUUUACGUC